GCAAAUUGGCCGCAGUGCUGCUAGUCCUGAAAUAGCCCUCGCACACAAACACACACACACACACACACACACACACACACACAUGGCUGAGAGGCUUUAGCUUGGACAAGGAUCGAUACACACUCUUUUAAAUCGGCCGCAAUGUGAAAAAACGAGCGGCUCAACAUGAGCAACACACCCACCAAGGGGAAGCCUGUCCGGGCAGAUUCCCCAGCCAGCGGGCCUACGCAACUCUCCCGAUCGGUACACCCGGCGUCCGACCCCUCACUGCCUAAACGUCUGUGCUUCUACAAAAGCGGCGAUCAUACGUUCGGCGGGCACCGAGUGGUCAUCAACGCCCGCACCUUCAAGACCUUUGAUGCCCUCCUGGACGCCCUUUCCAAAAAAGUGCCUCUGCCCUUUGGCGUGCGGACCAUCACCACACCCCAAGGGACCCACCUGGUGAAGGGACUGGAUGAUUUACAGGACGGGGGGUCCUACCUGUGCUCUGACCAGAGACGAGUCAAGCCGCUCAAUUUGGAGGCGGUACAUCGGCGGCAGGUGCCCUGGAACACGCCCAGAGCCUUCAGCGCAGGCCGGCGGAGACGUCAGGGACUUCAGUUCACUGCAUUCGGGAGGCGAGAUGAUAACAGCGGCAGGCCGGAGAAGGUUCCAGAGCGAGUGGCCAUCAGGACGCCGAGGAGGCUCGUGGUAAUCAAGAACAAGGAUCCUGCCGUGAGACGCACGAUUGUGCUUCAGAAAAGGACAGCGCCCACCUUUGACGCUUUGUUGGACUACCUCUCACAGAUUCUGCAGUUUCCAGUGCUCAAACUCUACGCGAUCGACGGCAGAAGAAUCACAGGUCUAGCUGCUCUAAUCCUGUGCUCUGGAUUCCUGGUGGCAGCAGGCAAUGAGUCCUUCAGGCUCAGCAAUCAAAGUUUCCACAGGACAAGCCAGACGGUCCAGGCAAUGUUUAUAGAAACAGGGCAACCAUCCAUGCUGCAAUUUCAAGCUAACAACCACAAAUCAGUCUCAAGUGGAAGAGGCUCCAGGAAUUUUUCUCUGUCAUCUGAGCAGUACAUCAUCAACCAGAUAAACAAGUCUCAGAAGGGAAGUGCAAACAGUCACGCUAGAGCAACCGAAACCAACCCGAUGUGCUUGGAGCCUGCAGUUACGGCUCACCAGCGGAAUGCUUGCAUCCUACCUCAGGACGACGACGUCGAGAAAUCCUUCCGGGUGAACCAAGAUGGCAGCAUGUCCGUCGAGAUGAAAGUGCGCCUCACCAUCAAAGAGGAGGAGAUGCUCCAUUGGACCACCACAGUCAGCCGCUCCAGCCUUAAGAGGAGGACAGUUCGUACCUCUGUCACAGAGUCGGGCAACAUUUCUCCUGACUCGAACAUCUAUGUUGCCAAACCACCCUCGGACAUAUGCAAAGACGAGGCAAAAGAGGGGAACCAGCCUCCUGCAAGUGGAGCUGUGGUCAGCUUUAAUGACAUGGGGGAAAGAAAAAAAAGGUUCAGACGUGCCCCUACUCCAGGCCCUGGUCAUGUGAAGAAGGAGGCGCCUGUUGAGAGUGUGAAGAUGCUGACAGAGUCCGGGGUCCAAGAAAGCUCCCUGGACCAUUAUUCAUAUUUAGAGAGGACAAAUGAAGGAGACACAAUGGAGGGAUACUGCAGGGUCAGACACAGUAGCAGUAGCCAACCGGUCCCGAAGCCUCUGAAAACUGUUCCUCAAGGCAACAACGCCUCCCUUCUUAGGUCCUCGGGGGUAGCCGAGGUUCUCAAGAUAGAAAAUGAUGGGGUGGCGGUUCGAGAGACUGUGAUGCGUAUUUAUGAAAGUCAGAGCUGCUACAACAAUUACCUUGCAAAUGAGGGUCCAGGUGACGGACCUUUGUAUCAUUCCCCUCCAGUGUCACAAAGCCACCAGUCCACAACCUCAGGGCCUUGUUCAUCCAGCAAUGACAUCGACUUUAGCUGGCAGCAGCCUACUGCUGACUCACUCCAAAGACAGAAAGAGGAGAUGUUGUCAUUAUCGUCAGAGCCUGUGUCCUCAACACUCCAGGUGGCAAACGGCACAUCUUCAGUGUCUAACAUUGAAGCCAAUACUAAAAAAAACUCCUCAACUCGACUCCAGAAACAGACAGAGACAAAAAAAAGCUCACAGUCAAGGUUAAUUAAUAAAAAGCGGAAACAAUCGACUGUAGACCAUCUCAAUAGCAAGGCUUAUGCUGGAAGGAAGAGCCUUAGUUCAACGGAGAGUGCUAAAAGUGGUCAAAACGUGAAGCUAGCUGAGAAAAUGUACACCAAAACUUCAGGCAGACGUGGAAUGGAAUCAGAAAUAUUAGCUAGAUCCUCAACCAAGGAAAAAAACAUGAAUAAAGUAGCUGCUAAGUAUAAUGGCGACAAUGUAGAUACUCCAUCUGUCAGGCCUUCCAUGAAGAAGAACGUGUCAGAUCUUUUAAAGCUCCAAAAAUCUUCAAGAAAAAAGGCAAGUACCAAGCCCAUUCCAAUGGCCGUCAACAGGCUGUCAUCCUCAUCGUUGGCUCAACAAAAUGUUUCAAAGAUUUCUCUCAACCGAUCCCCCUCUGAAAUCCACCAGUAUGUUGAGAACUGGUUGGAGGAGGUCAUUCCAGACCCAGUGGUGUACAUGGUAACCUCAAAUGGACCAGAGCCACCAACAAAGGUUUUAUUUAAAAUCGGUUGUGAUUCAGAAACUGAAGAAAAGAAGGAAACCCAGACCGAUCCAGAAGAUUACUGUCAGACACCCUCUAAUGCCUUGAGGGAAUCAGCUUCUUGUCUCUCGUUCCCCCUCUGGCCCAAAGAACACAAACCAACAGAUGUUUCAGUGCCAAAUGUUGAACCCGCCCACCAUCAGAACUGUGUAUGGUCAAACACCUCUGCUAAGAUAAUCAAUGAAUCACCAUCGCAAAUCAAUAUUUUAAGCCCUAAAGAAAAGAUGAAACCGGUCUUGCAAGAACUUUGUUCAUCAAUACAUUCUAUGCGAAAGACAUCUAACCAAUCAAGCAGUCCUCUGGAAUUCUCAUCUCAGGUGGCUUCGGUGUUUGGCUCCUCGUGCAAAGCCUUCUUGUCAUUCUUGUCAGUGAUGACUCUGAGAGAUGGUCUUACAGCUGACAGCACCGGUUCGGAAAAUGCCUCAGAGGCCAUGCUUCUUUUGAAGUUCCUGCUGAACAUUUCUGCUAUAGAAGACCAGGAUGAGCAACGGGCGGGUCUGACUGAUUUGCACAGUGGAGCUUCUCCCCAGUUCAUGAAGAGCUGGAGGGAUUUCCAAACUUGGAGGGAAAAUCUGGAGAGAGAAUCACUCAUUCCCAAAUUUCAAGACGCACAAGAUGCAGUUUGGGUCCAGGGUUUAAUUGUUGAUGAGCUAAUGAAGGAGAUGAAUAUGUCGUGGGACCUCAGGAUGGAGAUGUCAUCAGCAUUUCAACAACCUCUAGAAGAAGAGGGCACUGUUGUAGAGCCUGAACGAAACUCCUCAGAAUCAGCAGCUGUGGAGCAGCAUGUGCAGGAUUCAGACUUAAAACAAAGAUGUGAUAAUGCAUGGAUUCAUGAAAAUACCAGUGAUAAGAACGAUGGCUCAUCAUGGGGUGGGGAGAUGGAAGAAGAACCUGCUAAGGAAACAGGGUAUACAUUUAAAGAAUCAAAAGUAUCGCCGGGAGACACACUGGACUUCCAAGUUGAUGAAGGAAAUGUAAAGGGUGAAGAUGAUCACAUGGAGGAGUCAGGUGAGGUGAUGAAUGAAGGGGAGAUGAAACAGAAAGGAAAUGAGGAGGACACAGAGGAGGAACCAGUGAGAAAAGAAGCGGGGCAAGAAGAGGAACAUGGCGAGGAAGGGACAGAAAAUGAGGAAAGUGAGGAAAAAGAUGAGGUAUUCAAAGAGGAAGGGGAUAAAAGAAUAGAUGAACUUGAAGCAAGAGAGAAUGGUGCAGAGACAGAUGUGACUAAAGGCGAUGAGGCAGAUGUGGUAGAAGAAGAUGAGGACAAUAGGGCAGAGAAAACCACUGACGAGAAGGCUGAGAAUAAAGACGUCAAGGAAGAAGGUGCGUGGGAGCCUGUUGAGGGAGACGAAGAAGUGAACAAAGAAGAAGAGGAGGAGGAAUAUAUAGAAGAUGAAAAGGAUGUCAAAGAUCAAAUUGGGGAAAACAUGGAAGAGGAAGGAACAGAGGUCUUAAGUGAUGACAACAACAAGGAGGGCAAUAUAAAUCCACCUGAAGCAACUAAAGACAAGGAACAAGUAGGUGUGCUAGAAUGGCCAGAGAAGCUGGCAGAGAGUGAGGAGGACACUCGAGAAACUAAUCCAGAUGAAGCAUCUAUAGACCAAGUGGAAAUGCCUGGGAGGACAAAAGAACCUACUAUGGAUGCGGGAAAAGUAGAAAGUGUUCAAGUCAAACAGACAGAGAACGCAGAGAAAGAUGAGGAGGACACACAAGACACUUGCCCAGAGGAAGACCUUGUACAAGAAGUGCCUGGUCGGAUACUGGCUGAAGCGGAAAGUGAAGAAAACUUUGAGUGUUCCCAGGAACCAAACCCAAAGGUAGAAGGUACAGCAAGUGUCUUUAAUGAGGUGAAGGGGCAUGAUAACAUUGAAGAAAGCUUGGGAGAGGAAGCAACAGAGGAUUUAAGUGAGGACAACAACAAGAAGGGUAAUACUGAUGUAGAUGUACCUGAACCCAGUGCAGAUGAGGAAAAAGUAGAUCUAACAGAACAGACAGAGAAGCUGGAGGAGGAUGACAAGGAUACUAGAAACUCUAGUCCUGAGGGAGAAUCUGUCGACCAAGUAGAGAAGUCAAGUCAGACACCAAGUGAAGCAGAGAGUGAAAACAACUUGGGAUGUUCCCAAGAAACAAAUCCAGAGGUAAAAGAUACACCAAGUCCCCAUCAUGAGAGAGCUGAAGAAGUGGACGAGAAGGAGGAUGAUACUGUAGAUGAAAAAGACACUAAAGAUGACUUUGAGGAAAACAUGCAAGAGGAAGGACCAGAGGUCUUAAAUGAGGUCAACGACAAGGAAGUUAAUGUUGACAUACCUGAACCUACUACAGACAAGAAACAAGUAGCUCAAGUAGAGCAGGCAGAGAAGCUGGAGGAGGAUGAGGAGGAAGAGAAGGAAGACUCUGGAGAGGAAAUGGAGAAGCCAAGUCAGAUACCAACUGAAACAGAGAGUGAAGAUGACUUGGGAUGUUUCCAGGAACCAAAUACAGAGGUUGAAGGCAUAGCGGGUGCCACCGAUGAGGGAGUUGUCAACAAGGAGGAUAAUACGGAAGAUGAAGUAAGGGAAAAUGAUGACAUUGAGGAAAACAUGGAAGACGAAAGAAGAGAGGUGUUAAGUGAGGACAAUAUCAAGACGUUUCAUGGUAAUGUAGCUGUACCUGAGCUUCCUACAGACGAGGAACAAAAAGACAUAACAGAACAGAUAGAGAAGCUGGAUGAGGACACCUGUACUAAGGGAGAAUCUGGAGAGGGAGUGGAGAAGCCAAAUCAGACACCAACUAAAACAGAGAGUGAAAAUAAUGGCAUUGAGGACUUGAUAAAUAGAUGUGCCCAAGAAUCAAAUCCAGAGGUAGAAAUACCAACAAAGGUCCCUGAUAAGACCGUUUGUACAAGCCCACAGAAGGAGUCUGGUGAGGAAGAUCUUUCAAACACAGAACACAGCACUGAAUACUCACUUGAGUGUUUGUCCGAAGAGCGGUUUGAGAAGGACACAGUUAGUGAAAACGAGGUAGGGAUGCAACCCCAAGAGCAAAGCAGCAGUUUCAGCCACCCGGUGGAAAUUUCACAAGAACUCCUUGACUUUGUAAACUCUGCGCUGCAGUCUUCCUCGCUUAUAUUUACAUACGACGAACGUGGCAAAAUUAGAAUAGAGCCAGAUCGUGCUCAAACCACAGAAAUGAAGCAAACCCUCAACCCAAAGAGCCAAAGAGAUUUCCCGUAUGGUUCGAAAUGCCUCGAGAGCCCGAUCACCUCAGAUUUAUCAGACUACAGACCAGAAAGUUUGGAGAGUGGUGGAUAUCAAAGCCAAGAAUCUGUGGAUAUUGCUUCAGAGAGCGGUGAAGAUGCUUCAGAGAGACGUCCAGAAGGCUUCACUGAAGGAACUAAUCCGGAGCGGGUUACCGCCAAAAUAUCCCAAGGUCAUUCCAAAGGUGGGAGUUUCUCUUCUGAUGACUCCCUUACAAAAGCCUCAAGGGAGGUCCUGUCUUACUGCAAAAAGGUAGACAAUGACCCAGCCCCCAAGGCAGAAACGUACCCGGAACCCAGCGACGGGGUCUUGAUUGACCAAGGUCGAUGGUUGCUCAAGGAAAACCAUCUGAUAAGAAACUCGCCGCCAGAUGGGAUGUACAGGGAUUUGGACAGCAGCUCCGACAACACAGAGAACUCCAGUGAGGAGUCUCACCCAAUAAGCCAGAACACUCCCUUAGCAGUCAUAUCAUCAUCUGAACUGGAGGAACUGGCCAAGCCUCAACCCCCAAGGUGCAGUUACUUCACCAUGCCCCAUGGAAGUGACUCCGACCCGUUCCCGGACGACGCUAGUGAUAGAAGCCAGAGCAAAGACACAAUUUGCACGAAAGGGAGAGGCUUCAGGGUGUCGCCGGUGAUCGACACCUCCAAAACUUGGGGCAACAAAAACGGCAGCCUUUCUUCAUUCACUUCGGUGGAAUUUAAAAUAGCAGACACAAGAGUGCACCCUGAAGAAGCAGAGUCCUCGGGUGGACCGGAAGCAAGAGGGAACUCUCGUGGCAGGCUGCAGUCACAACACUCCUCAGAUGUAAUGAAUAUGAGGUGUGGACAGUACUGUGAAAUUUUAUGACUGGUGGUCUUAAGUGGGGCACGCACAUACCGAUUUGUAAUAUAUUAACCGAUUUUUGAAAUGAUGGAUUUUAUGUUCUUGCAAUUGAAUUUCUGCCAAAACUGGAGGUUUUUGGUCUGCUCAUUUCAUUGAACUAUACUGCCUUUUUUUUCGAGUACACAAUAUAGUUAACAGUGGUUUAUGUGGAUCAUUUUCAACAAAUUGUGAAAAGGACAGAUUUGUGAAAAAAUACAAUGUAU